AUGCCUGUGAGAGCUCCAAGAAUAAGCAUAAGGAUGGAGAUCAAGUUCAAGUUCCAGAAGGUUAUGUGGCUGUGUACGUGGGGGAGGAGCGAAGAAAGUAUAAAAGUUUCUUUGAAGUGUCUCUCUUGUCCAGCUUUCCAAGAACUGAUCAUCGAGUCGAUGUCAGAUGUGUUGGAUGUCAAGAUUGAAGGGCCUAUUAUGCUUUCAUCAUGCCCAACCGAUCGCUUUGAUGUGUUGAUUAGAUUGCAUUCGUGGGAUAUUGCAUGCAUGGAAGUUUAG